CAAUCGGUGUUUCUUUGUUGUGACCCAAACAUUCCGCACGCCCGGCUUUUACUGUCCGCGAAAUUAGUCAAAAUUUUCCAAAUUUAUCAGCAUGCCUGCAGCUGAGGGACACCAACCGGGACUCACGAAAGAAUCGGCACCAUGCCGGACGUGUACGGACUUCAAAUCCUGGUCAAAACAACAACGCCAAGCUCUAUCCACAAGUGCGAAACCACCCUCGUCGGAACUGACAACCACCCACAAACCUCCUGCUGCCGAACCGAAACCGAGUGAUCCCCCAAAGCACUGCCCCCUGGAUAAGGAACGGCUGGGGCGGCACACCUGGGGUCUACUGCACACCAUAGCUGCCUACUUCCCGGAUAAUCCCACCACAGAAGAACAGAGCAAUGUUCGCCUAUUCUUCAAUGCAUUCUCCAAGGUGUACCCAUGCGAGUACUGUGCGAAGGAUUUCCAGCAAGAAUUGAAGGAAUCGCCACCGGAAAUCAAGUCCCAGUACACGCUGUCGCAGUGGCUCUGCCGGAUGCACAAUAAAGUGAACGUCAAACUGGGGAAGCCCGAAUUCGACUGCUCGAAGGUGAACGAACGCUGGAGGGAUGGACCGGCCGAUGGGUCUUGUGAUUGAGAUAACAUAUAAAUUUAAUGUGAGAGAAAAUUUUAACGAUGGAAAAAAAUAUGUUCACUAAU